GGGCCGGGCCGGGUCCUCGCCCCCGAGCCGCCCGCGGGGUCGCCCGGCAACGCGGCGGACGCGGCGGCACCGACCCGCGGCCAUGGCCUCCAAGGCGAGCAAGAAGAAGGAGCUCCCCUCCUCAAAAACGCCAUCUGUGCUUUCCAGUGUAGCUGCUUCUGACAAGAAGUGUAGAUUUCCUAUUUGGCCAGAAUGGAAUGAUGCAGAUAUCAAUGCAGAAAAAUGGGAUGCUGGAAAAGCUGGAAAAGAAAAACCUGGAAAAGGUCAAAUUUCACCUGGAUUUGAUGAUCCUGAAGGGAAAAUAAAGUUGCCAGCAUCCUUAAAAGUGCAUUCAUGGAAACGUCCACAAGAGUUUUUAACAAAAGAGGUUCCUGUGGUAGUCCAAAAUGAAACCUCAUUUGACCUUAUUUCAGCAAAUGAGCACAUAUUUUGCUGUGAGCUGAUGAGAUGGAUUGUAAGUGAAAUCUAUGCUGUCUGGAGGAUAUCUAAUGAAAAUUCCUUAAAUAGUGAAACACCCACACUUGUUUGGAAACCUUGGGAACACAUUUAUGCCUUAUGUAAAGCUACCAAUGAUCACAUACCACUGUACAAUAAAUUUGGAAAAUAUGUAUUGAAACUUUAUUGGAUGGGAUGCUGGAGAAAGAUCGUUGUGGAUGACACUAUGCCAUUCAGUGAAGAGGAGAAUUUGUUAUUGCCAGCUACAACCUGUCAAAAGGAACUUUGGCCGAUGUUGCUGUCCAAAGCAAUAAUUAAGUUAGCAAAUACUAGUAUACAUGAAACUGGAAAAAGAGAAAUGGAGGAAUUUACAGUUCUACAAACACUGACUGGAUGGAUACCAGAAGUUAUUCCUCUCCAGCCCGAAUACUUGGACAAAGUUUGGAGCCUUUUGCAAGAGAUUGUGCCAGAAUUCAAGUUGCCAGAGAAGAAGGCCCCAGAACUUGAGAUGACUCAGGAUGACACAAAAACUGAAGAGAGCAGAGACUCAGAGUUAAAAAGUGUAGGCUCAUCUGUGAGUAAGCUGCCAGAUACAACUGAGAGAGCAGAGACAGCCAAUAAUGUUAGCAAAGAAAAAGCAGAGCAGAAAAAAGUAGGAAAGAAAAAAAAAGGAAGAGAGAAAGAAAAAGGCAAGGGAGCAGAAAAGCUGGCAAAAGCCCAAGGCCUUCAGGACUUAACUGAAAAAACCCAGCCAGAAAUGGUCGUGUAUGCUGGCUGUAUACCGCUGCAUUUGUUUGAAGAGGACAUUUUUUUAUUAGCACAAAUGGCUGAUUCUUCAGAGAAGAUGAGGCAAUAUGGCCUUUCCCAUAUACACAACCAUCCUGUCCUGAUCACUAGAACUAGGUCCUGUCCUCUUGUAGCACCUCCAGAACCACCACCACCACUUCCACCUUGGAAGCUUUUCCGUCUGAAAAAGCAAGUUGUUGUGACAUCUGAACCCCAAGAGCCUGUGGUAGAGAAACCUGAAAAAUAUGUUGAGAUUGCUAGCCUAUUUUUUAAAUACAAAUUGGACAUUAUCAAAAUUCCAACAGACACCCGCUUUCCACAGUCUAUCCUCAAAAAAGGAUUUAAGUCUAUAUCCUGUCUUACUACUGUUACUGAAACUGAUGAAAAUGAAAGUGACAGUAAUGGGGAUAUGAAUCAAAAUGGGAGACACUCAAAUGCAGAAGAUUUUUCUCAGGAGACCAUUUCCUUGUUGCAACAAAAUGCAGAGGUACCCAGUAAAGAAAAACCUGACAAUAUCAGUUUAGAUACAAAACAAAUGUCAGAAAGAGCUGAUAAGGGUAUGAAGAGCAAGACAGGGACUAAAUCAAAGGAUGGAACAGCAUUAGAAAAUAUUUCAGUUUCCAGGGAAACCUGGAUUACCUUUGAAGACUUCUGCAUUUGUUUCCAGAACCUGUAUGUUUUCCACAAGCCACAUACAUAUGCCUAUAAUUAUCAGAAGACAAGUUUUACGUCUUCUGAUGAGGAAGUCUUCUGUUAUUUACUUGUGGACAGUCUGAUGCCCAUUGAAAUCUUGGUUAGCUUUUCUGCAUUAGUACGCUGGAAUGUUACCGAAGGUACUAAAGAAGAAUGUCCAACAGGUGUGCUGAGGGUUGAAUAUUUCUCUUGGAAAUCUGUGACUCCUGGAGAACUUGUGUUAAAGAUGCGUACAUCUGCAACCAAAGCUACUGUGGUAAAUCUUCCUGUUGGGCGACACAUCCUGCUCUUCACAGUAACUUGUCCCAUAGGGCACAACAUUCAGCUGUGUACCAUGGUGCCAUGUGUCUUUGGAGAAGAGGAUGCUGUGAUACCGGCUCUUCAGAAGGAGAGCUCUCGAUUUAUAGAACAGGCUACAGCUAUCCUGAGAGCUGUUGGAAAUGUGAUAAAUAAUUACAGCAGUAAGGAUGAGCUUCCUAAAGCCUUGAAGGAAUUGGAAGUAGCUUAUUGUCCUCCUGGGCUCCAUGAUACUAAAACAGCUGAAGAAAACAGAAAGGCUUUCAAUAAUGCAUUUUGGUGUUUGAUCAAAUAUGUAUUAGACAAGAAGGAUCUUUACAGAUAUAAAUUUGCCUUCAGGUCCUUUACUUUGGAUUUUAAAGACACUGAUAUUUCUGGUGAUGACACUGUGUUUUCAGGCAGCAACAGGACUUCCAGCUUUGUUGAUGUUACUCAUUCUUCCAAUCCUUCAGAGAGCAGUGAGGAGAAAUCCCUUAGUAGUUGUGCGAAUCAAACUCCCACAUCUGAAGAAGAGGCAGCAGCUCUGAAAAUUCAAGCCAUCUGGCGAGGGACCUAUAUUAGGAAAAUAUUGAAGAGCAGAGAACCAGGUACAAAAGAAAACACUGAUGUUGAAGAAACUUUGAAAAACUUGUGGACUAUGAUUGAGUUAAAUUUUGAACAGUGUGCUGUAACGUUGUUAAGAGAAAUAUUUAAAAUAAAUUGUAAUUCAGUUGAAAAGUUUCCUUGUUAUGAAGAUGAAUGGUGUAAGAUGUAUUUCACUGAAUAUGAAGUAACAUAUGCAGAUCAACCACCAAAUGCCUGGUUUCUGGUUUUCAGAGAAAUAUUUAUUGUCCCAGAAGACAUGUUUAUAUUGACAAAGGUGUUUACCACUAUCCCUUCCUGUAGACUACAUGUUCUUGAUAAUGACACACAGGAGGAAAUUCCACAUGCCUUUUUCAAAGUGACACCUCAUGUUUAUACCAAAAACAAGAAAGGAUACACUUUUGUGGCUGAAGCCCACACUGGUAACCAACCUGUGGCAGGUGGCAAAUGGAAGCUCCGCUUCAUCAGCUCCCACAGUGCCCUUCCAGUUCUCUCUCGUGCUGCUGUAAAUAAUACCUAUUCUACUCUACAGUUUAAGGAGUAUUACAUCCCCAACAAAGAGUUCCUAUUGUUUAGGUAUUUUGUAAAGGUCAGAGCACCACAUACUGCUACAUUGCAGGUACAAACCUCUAAUUCAGACGUGCUCAUUAAACUACAAGUCCUAGAUAAUGAGAAGGAAAUUACAAGUAUCAUUGGAAAGGGCAAUGCAGUCAUCCCAGUUUUUAAUUUCUGGAGUAAUCAAUCACUUCUGAGCUCCCAGUUAAAAAACCUACAGAUUAUUCAGAGGAGCACAGUGAAGGGAUUAGAAACUGGACAAUUAAAAAAAGGAAGUAGUAAUUCAUCAAAGGACAGCAAAACUUCUUCCAAGACAGACCUGGUACAAGAAUGCUCAGUGAUAUUAAUAGAUGAAUCUUCAGUCUCAGAAAGCUUUGAAAAUAAUGUUGGAAGUCCACAACAAUCUCACCAGUAUUCAAUAGAGGCAUUUGUGUUGCAUGAUAGUUGGCCACUCACUGAGAGUGAGUCUUUACUUGUUCAGGAACUGAAAGAAAUGCAGAAAGAUGAAAUUAAAGGUGAUUGCAUUCAUUCUCUUCAUUUUCCCUGUCAGACUGCUUCUCACAACAGAAAUUCUGUUACAUCCUCUUACACUUCUAAGUUGGCUACAUAGUGACAGCUUGCACUUGACAAUAUCCUUCUAUACAGCUUCAGCUCACGUUGCUGAACCUUGUCAGUGUCAUGAGUGUUCUCAUGUUGAAUUCAAGGUAGCAGUACUCCAGUUCAUAGCUCCCCUUCUCCAUGCUAAUUGAUGCUCAUCAAAAAUACUUAAACUACAGUCAAUGAUAACAAGCAAUUUUUCCUUAUUAUUAUAAAAUGGUGUAAAUACAAUAAUUUUUAAAUGGUGUAAUUUUUGUGCCCUCUCAUAAAUGCUGCCUUUCAAAGUAACCAAAUCCAUGUCACAGUUUUUAUUAACUGAGUGUUUCUGUUUAUACAAGGAUACCAGAUUGCCUGGGCCACCAACAGAAUUUAAACACAACUUAUAGAAAAAAGUUUAAAACCAAUACUCAUUUAAUAUUUAGUGUGUAUUUUUGUACCCCUAUUAACAGCAAUAUUUAUCUGAAGUGCAUACUAUAGUUAAGUAUUUUGGGGGAAAGCUCUAAUGUUUAUUUCUUCUGAUUGUGACCUAGUCUUACAUAAUUUUGAAAACUGACCUUUACUAUUUUAAAAUUGCUGACACAAGUUGUCAAACACAAAAUUAAUAUAAUAAUAAUAUUGGUAUGUAACCAAAAAGGUAUUGUUUCACCACGUGAUUUUUAAGUAUGCUGCAGUGAUCCAGGUUAAAAAUUUAUGCGAAAAGUUUUCUCCUUUUCAAAUAUCUCUUUUUCAUGUAAACCAAUACUGCCAUCUAGAGUUAAUUUUGUGUUAAAGCUAAUUUAUCACACCAAAAGCAUAUUUUAACUUUGUAUUAAGAUCUACUAAAAUCUUUUAAACUAGUCUCCCUUUAAAUUAAGACCCAUAAUAUUAUACUCUUGAUAUUCACCAACAUUAUAAAUACUUAUUUAGAACAUUUUUGAAGACAGUAAAUUCUCUGAUAUACAGAUGCUAUGAUAAUUUGGUAUUUCUUGAUGUUUGCACUUGUAAAAAGAACUGUGUUAGCGAAAGUUACUUUGUGAAUAAUAAAGUCAUAUUUAUUAUAUAUUAAAUCCCCUUAAAUGUUUCAUUAAAGAGCACACUGCACAAACAAAACAUUAAAAAGGCAUUAGGCAGGAAAACCUAAGUACACAGAAAUUAGGAACUUCCAUGUAGUUUAUUUAUACUUCAUUUAUGUCUUCAUUCUUUUGUCUCUUUCUUCCUCCCUUUUUUGGUUGUGUUUUUUUUUUUUUUUGGUUUUUUUGUUGUUGUUUUUGUUUUUUGGGGGUUUUUUUGCCUCUUCUGAGAACUGUUGUGGAGCAAGUCUUCAAUGGAAAAAGACUUUUAAAAAUGUAAGCUCAAGAUUCUUGUGUAAAGGGGGAACGAUUAGCAGGCAGUCUUGCAACUUCUAGUACCAUUUUCAUUUGCUUGACUGUGUGAACAAAAUAAUUUUAAGGUUCAUUUUGCAUAUAGGAUUUUUGGCUAUUAUGUUUUUGGGUUCUUUGGUUUUAUUUUUCUUGUGGUAAGAUCAUCAGUUUUAUUGAGCAACUGUCACAGCCCCGAGCUGAAUCAUCACUGUGUUCUGAAUGCUGACUGCAGCACGUAUUUUAUGUAGUGCCUUAAAUUACCUUAGCUGUUGAUGAGGGCUGUCUAUGCAACUGGGAAAGCAGGAGAAGACAGAGUGCCCAGCCCAGAUAGUAGAGGUAGGUUUGAAAAGGCAGGACAGGCAAUAUGCUUUGGAAUAUUCCUUUUUAUCCUCCAGAGCGGUGAAAGUUUCUCCCACAGAUUUUAUUUUCCCACAGGAGAACUUGCUGGUUCAUGCCAAGGAGAAUAUUCCAUGGGAUGUUUAACAGGAUGUUCAGAUCCCUCUCUCUCUCUCUUUCACUUUCCCAGCUUGCCUGUCAGUAGUGAUUAAUCACUUGCCUGGUGUUCAGUGAACAAAUAGUUCACAGAGGAUACAUGAUGGUCCUCUAGAUAUCUAAGCCACACCUUAACCCCACACUACUAAUGCAACCACAUUAUUGGUUUGCUUCUAUCCUGGUGUGAUUUUUCUGUAACUUUAGUGUCUGGGUGAGCCCAACUUUGGAAAGACUUUUGAUGUUGCCAUCUGUCAAGAAUCCUUCUGAGGGUCCAGUCAAAGAAGGAAAAGCAACAUCUGAAUCUUUUUUUAAUGACAGACAGUUCCUUAUGGGGCAACUUACAGUCAUUACUACCAAAUACUGGGUAAUCCCACUAAAUGCUCAGAGACUAUUUCAGAUAGCAGUAGCAUGAUAUCUUCUCAAAGACAGCUUCAAAAGACUCCUCUGUAUUAUACCUAUGAAUACCAUAGAUUCUCUGUAAUUUAAAUUUCAUAAAUCGGGAGUAGCUAACUUGCCUAAAAAAGAGAACUGAUGUAUCUCAAUCUGAAGCUGAGUUUCAGCUAGGAAUCAUUUGGUGCAAUUGUUGAACUUGUCAUAGACAGCAUAUCAGACUGGAUGAUCACUUGGGUCCCAUUUGGCAUUAGACUCAAUUAAUUUUUGUAUAAAUAAUUGAAAAGCAGUAGAGAAGCUAAUUUUAAAGUUGCUGUCAGCUGUGUGUCAUCAAUGUCAGCCCAUGUGAUGACCAAGCUUUUCUUGAUGCCACACAAAUAUAAAAACUGCCACUGAGAGUUUGUGACAAUUGAUGCACAAGGUAUGAGCUGGAAUGGCCUUUUACUUUCUGUAUCAUCUGCCUGCCUUUCUUACCACAUCCCAUUCAAAGCAUUUGCCUGGCUUUGCCCUUAGAAAAGCCCUGAGCUGCUGUUCAUAUCUCCCUUUGAAUCAGAGUGGGUAGCAUGCCAAAAUGCAGUCAUUGCCCCUUCCAGACAUUUCUGGAGGUUGAUCCCUAAACUGGGGAUACUGCUUGCUCUGCUGAGGAAGUGGGAAGGGCUGGGGGAACCUGAACAGUGCAGUACGUGGGAGAGCUUGGAGAUCUCAACUUAAUCUUGCACUAAGCCUUCAUAUCUGGAGUUAAAGUAGGUUACGUCAUUGUAGCCCAUGUCAUUUCUUAUGCUUGCUUAUUCUUUACUAACGUAUCAGGGUAUGCUAUAAGUUCAGAGCAUCAAAAUGUUAUAAUUCAGAGUUACAAAAUAUUUCUAGAAACCAGACAAAGCUUGUAGUGUCCCAUGACAUAAAAAGUCUUUGUCUGGGAUCAUUUAGCUAACUACACUGAAUGUCUUUGAGUGUUUGUGUAAACAACAAAUAAUUUAUCUCUAAAAAUGAAUUACACCUUAAAUAAUGCAUGUACACCGACCUGAUUUAUGGUGUUAGUAUGUGAUGAUAAUGUGAAAUUAAAGGGAAAGGCAUUUAUGCAAUCAUUUUAUAACUUUGAAUUAUGACAUCACUAUUUUAUAUUUGCAUUUCCUGUGGAGUUGUUUUAGUAUAUUCAAUAUUUGUGGAGACCACUUUAAUUUUUUUGCUUUCAUUCAUUAAUAUAGCAGCACUGAAUUAAUUUAAGCUUUACACUUCGGUGUAAAAUGUCACUGGACAUGUUUUAAGUAUCAUGAGGAGAUAAGAAUAAUACCAUUUGUAGACAAACGUGUAUGAUAUAUGAUGUAAUACAGUUAUAUACCAUAUAUAUUUGUAUGUGGAGCUAUAUGUGAGUUAUAAAUAUGUUUCUAUAUCAUUAAUAUUUACAACUUUAUGUAUCCAUGUAACCUCAGCCGUGACAAUGCAAAUCUCAUCCAAAGUUCAUUAAUUCUGCAGUACAAUGAUUUGUCCUCAGUGGAAAGAAACUGGAAAAGCACGAAGUGACAGAUAUCUGCCUUAAAAGCAUAAACUGAAAGAUAGCUUAUUAUUAUCAUCAGACUGUGAAAAAGUUACUCAUAUCAACAUUUUCUGAGAGAAAUCCCCUGUCUUACCAUAUUGGGUAAAUCUAAGUUUUCAGCACUUCUCUCAAUGUUUCAGGCAAUAGGAAGGUGGAAGGAAAUGGAGAUUUCAGACUCAGGUUUUAAAUCUUUCUCAUAGUGUUUUGGAUUCAUCCCUGGUUGUUUAAACUGACACAUUCUUUAUGCUAUUAAAGUUAUAUGCUCUUACAUGCUUUAUUUGUUAAUUUAUUUUAAAAACAAUAUGACAUGGAAGAAGUCUUGUUUACAGCUCUCACCAGCUAAGACAUUGCAAAAUAACUGUUGCAAAUGUCAAUUCUCAGCAUCAUUAAUUCAAACAUAUAGUAUACAUAUGUUUUGAUAAUAGAGUUAAUUUAAAAUGUUCUCAGAUAGUUCUGACAAUGACAAUUCUGCAUUUCUUAAAUAUGCAUUGAGUCUGAAACAUGUUUCUUUGUUUUAACUUCCUUGCAUUUUUAUGGGGUGCUCUAGACAGUCUUAGGAUGUGAGAUGAGAACAUUUGACUUUACCUGUUUUGAGCUUCUUACUUUCCAUAACAAACACUGACAGAGAUUGUAUGAGACUGUAGAAGGGAAGUGAGAGUCAGGCUGUGAUUCUGUGCAUUGCAGUCUUUAUGCUGACCCAUACACAAAGCAGCAAUGCUGGCAGGCACUGUGAAAAACUCUCAAUUAAGCCCUAGCUAAAGUGUUAUUUAGGACAGAAAAGGCUGUCACAACGUGUUCACUUUGUAAGUAUGCUUUUAAAAGUUGUUUGGUCCUCAUACUCUUUCUUGGUAGUACUUGAAAGUGUCAACUAAUUAACUGGCUUUCCUUGUCUCUCUGUAUGGCUGUUUUGUGCUGUUAUUCCACCCUGGGUUUUAUAUGGAGAAUUAUAUGUAUGGAUAACAAUGACAUUAUCUAAAUCAUAAUGCAUUAUAACUACAUAUGAGUAAAACACAGAAGAAAGUAUGAGGAGCACAGCUUUCCCCUAAUUCUUACUUCUUUCCAAGUCAAAAAGAUUGCAAAUAUUCCAAAA